AUGUCAGGCAAGCUCAAGGAACGCAAAAGAACCCCCGUUUCCCACAAAGUGAUAGAAAAGCGGAGGAGAGACCGGAUUAACCGCUGUUUGAACGAGCUGGGCAAGACGGUGCCCAUGGCCCUGGCGAAGCAGAGUUCCGGGAAGCUGGAGAAGGCGGAGAUCCUCGAGAUGACCGUUCAGUACCUGAGAGCCCUGCACUCCGCUGAUUUUCCCCGGGGAAGGGAAAAAGCAGAACUGCUAGCGGAGUUUGCCAACUACUUCCACUACGGCUACCACGAGUGCAUGAAGAACCUGGUGCAUUACCUCACCACCGUGGAGAGGAUGGAGACCAAGGACACCAAGUACGCGCGCAUCCUCGCCUUCUUGCAGUCCAAGGCCCGCUUGGGCGCCGAGCCCGCCUUCCAGCCGCUGGGUUCGCUCCCGGAGCCGGAUUUCUCUUAUCAGCUGCACCCAGCGGGGCCCGAGUUCGCAGGCCACAGCCCUGGUGAGGCGUCCGUGUUCCCGCAGGGCGCGGCCCCGGGGUCCUUCCCCUGGCCACACGGCGCGGCCCGCAGCCCGGCGCUGCCCUACCUGCCCAGCGCGCCCGUGCCGCUUCCGAGCCCCGCGCAGCAGCACAGCCCCUUCCUGACGCCCGUGCAGGGCCUGGACCGGCAUUACCUCAACCUGAUCGGCCACGCCCACCCCAACGCCCUUAACCUGCACACGCCCCAGCACCCCGCGGUGCUCUGA